GCCGCGGGCCGGGAAUGGCGGCCUUGCUGAGGGGAGUCGGCGCCUGAAGAGGUGGAUCUCACAGAACUUUUAGAGAGCGCCAACUUAGAGCACUACAAACAAUGGCUGACAAUAGUAUAUUAGCAUCUACUACUGGGAGGACUAGUUUGGCAGAUAUUUCCAUUUUUUAUUCUAAAGUUGCUGAAACUUCCAAGGAAAACCUAUUUAUCAGAUGUACUUCAUAUGCUGAAGAAGAAAUGCCUCAGAUUGAAACAAGAGUGGUAAUGGUUCAAGAAGCUGGAAGACAAGAAGAACUUAUAAAAGCUUUAAAGACUAUUAAAGUACCCUGUGUAAUGAUGGACUCAAUGGAAGAGUUUGAAAGUUUGGAUUCUCCAGAAUUUGAGAAUGUAUUCAUAGUCACAGAGUUCCAGGAUUCUGUCUUUAAUGACUUACACAAGGGUGACUGUAGAAUUAUUGGACCACCAGUUGUGUUAAGCUGUGCACAAAAAGGAGAGCCUUUGCCAUUUUCAUGUUGCCCGUUAUAUUGUACAAGUAUGAUAAAUUUAGUUUUAUGCUUUACUGGCUUCAGGAAGAAAGAAGAACUAGUCAGAUUGGUGACAUUGGUCCAUCAUAUGGGUGGAGUUAUUCGAAAAGAUUUUAAUUCAAAAGUUACACAUUUGGUGGCAAACUGCACACAAGGAGAAAAAUUCAGGGUUGCUGUGAGUCUGGGUACUCCAAUUAUGAAGCCAGAUUGGAUUUAUAAAGCAUGGGAAAGACGGAAUGAACAGAAUUUCUGUGCAGCAAUUGAUGAUUUUAGAAAUGAAUUUAAAGUUCCUCCAUUUCAAGAUUGCAUUUUAAGUUUCCUGGGAUUUUCAGAUGAAGAGAAAACCAGUAUGGAAGAAAUGACUGAAAUGCAAGGAGGUAACUAUUUACCAGUUGGAGAUGAAAGAUGCACUCACCUUAUAGUUGAAGAGAAUAUAGUAAAAGAACUUCCAUUUGAACCUUCAAAGAAACUUUAUGUUGUCAAGCAAGAGUGGUUCUGGGGAAGCAUUCAAAUGGAUGCUCGCUCUGGAGAGACUAUGUAUUUGUAUGAAAAGGCUAAUACUCCUGAGCUCAAGAAAUCAGUGUCUCUACUUUCUCUACAUACACCAAACAGCAAUCGCAAAAGACGUCGUUUAAAAGAGACACUUGCUCAGCUUUCAAAAGAGACAGACCUGUCACCUUUUCCUCCCCGGAACGUCAACUAUGGAGAAACCCCAAAGUCUUGUAGUAAGUCUUCUAAAAAUUCUACCCCAGUUCCUUCAAAGCAGUCGGCCAGGUGGCAAGUUGCAAAAGAGCUUUAUCAGACUGAAAGUAAUUAUGUAAAUAUAUUAGCAACGAUUAUUCAAUUAUUUCAGGUACCAUUGGAAGAGGAAGGACAGUGUGGUGGUCCUAUCCUUGCACCAGAAGAGAUUAAGACUAUUUUUGGUAGCAUUCCAGAUAUCUUUGAUAUGCACACUAAGAUAAAGGAUGAUCUGGAAGACCUGAUUAUUAAUUGGGAUGAGAGCAAAAGCAUUGGUGAUAUCUUUCUUAAAUAUUCAAAAGAUUUGGUAAAAACCUACCCUCCCUUUGUAAACUUCUUUGAAAUGAGCAAAGAAACAAUUAUUAAAUGUGAAAAACAGAAACCCAGAUUUCAUGCUUUUCUUAAGAUAAACCAAGCUAAGCCGGAAUGUGGACUACAAAGCCUUGUUGAACUUCUCAUCCGACCAGUACAGAGGUUACCUAGUGUUGCAUUACUUUUAAAUGAUCUUAAGAAACAUACAGCCGAUGAAAAUCCUGAGAAAAGCACUUUAGAGAAAGCUAUUGGAUCACUAAAAGAAGUAAUGACGCAUAUCAAUGAGGAUAAAAGGAAAACAGAAGCACAAAAGCAAAAUUUUGAUGUUGUUUAUGAAGUAGAUGGAUGCCCAGCUAAUCUUUUAUCUUCCCACCGAAGUUUGGUGCAACGAGUUGAAACUGUUUCUCUAAGUGAGCACCCCUGUGACAGAGGAGAACAAGUUGCUCUCUUUCUCUUCAAUGACUGCCUUGAGAUAGCAAGAAAACACCACAAAGUUAUUGGCUCUUUUAGAAGUUCACCUGGCCAUACUCGACCCGCGGCUUCUCUUAAGCAUAUUCAUCUAAUGCCCCUUUCUCAGAUUAAGAAGGUGCUGGAUAUAAAAGAGACAGAAGAUUGCCAUAAUGCUUUUGCCUUGCUUGUGAGGCCACCAACAGAGCGGGAAAAUGUACUGCUCAGUUUCCAGAUGACAUCAGAUGAUCUUCCAAAGGACAGCUGGCUGAAGAUGCUGUGCCGACACGUAGCCAACACCAUUUGUAAAGCAGAUGCGGAAAAUCUCAUGUACACUGCUGACCCAGAAUCCUUUGAAGUAAAUACAAAAGAUAUGGAUAGUACACUGAGUAGAGCAUCUAGAGCAAUAAGAAAGACUUCAAAAAAGGUUACAAGAGCAUUUUCUUUUUUCAAAACUCCGAAACGAGCCCUACGGAUGGCUCUCAUGCCAUCCCAUAACUCAGUGGAGGGCAGAAGCCCUCCCAGCAGCGAGAAGCACGCAGUGAGUCGCCUUGCUAGCACAUCAUCACUAGCAGGUAUCCAAUCACCUUCCCUUAUCAGCCUUCCUUCCUUCUUUGAAAGACCAAGUCAUACUUUAAGUAGAUCGACAACUCAUUUGAUAUAACACUUAAAUUACAGAAGUUUGUGCUCAAAUAAGAAACUGACUUAAAUGGUUCUUAUAAUAGUACCUGGUGAAAGCUGAAGAUAGGAAACACUAAAGUACGCCACUUCAUUUUCUUCUUGAAAGACUAAGGUUUACCUCUUACAUUGUUCAAGUUAUUUUGUGUAAAAAUUAUAUUGAUUUUGAUGUAAUUUAUCUCUUUUGUAUCUUUCCUCUGAAGACCAGAAUUUAAG